AUGAGCUGGAAGCAGGCCUGGCGCGACAUGUGCCUCCGUCGGUCAGUCACAUGGCCCGAUGAGCACUGGUCUGGGCCCCAGAACAUCGACGCCCUCGUCGCGGACUGCAACACCCACGCCGGGCUGAACCAGAUCUCGUUCCAGCCAGACCAGGACCAGUCCGAGCGCCCCAACCUCACGCUGCACCCCCGGACGUCUUCCAUCAUGUUCCGCAUCGUGUGGCGCAACCCCGACCCGGCCUCCAGGGAGGCCUUCUGCCUGACCGACCGCGGCGGCGAGGCGGCGCGGUUCGAGGAGUGCAGGGAGGGGCGCUUCUCCCUCCCCUACCCGCGCGACGACGAGCCACCCUACGAGGUGUUCACCGACCCGGCGCAGCUCUGGACGAUCCCGCGCCCGUUCGCGGGCGUCGAGACGAGCGGCUGA